UUCGGGACAUGUAGUUUCCUCGCCGCCUUGGGCGAGUUACUGUUCGAGUGUCGGCCUCUGCGGAAGAGCCUCCGCGGCCUGGAGCUAUGGGACCAAGGCCCCGGGAGGGAAGUCACUUACCAGAGUGUGUGGGUUCUUCAUCCAGAGCUCAAGUCAUCUGACUCUUGGGAACAGCGAGACCUUGCAGGACCUUGCAGGACCUUGCGGUUCCUCUCUUCAUGUGCUUGUCUGAGCGGGCCCGCGUUGGCCAGGGGUGAAUUCGCACGUCGCCCAGCAUGAACUGGAAGGUCCUUGAACGCGUGCCCCUGCUGCUGUAUAUCUUGGCAGCAAAAACCUUAAUUCUCUGCCUGGCAUUUGCUGGCGUCAAAAUCUACCAACGGAAAAGAUUAGAAGCAAAACUGGAAGCGGAAAAGAAGAAGCAGUCAGAGAAGAAGGAUAACUAGAGGGAAAAAUCAGAGAGCUCACGAUUUAAAGGUCAGCCGGAGUGGAUCCCAGCUGAGAAGGAAGAGGAGCCAAUGAUCGAAUGGGCUGUUGGAGAUACACUCCCAACCUAGAGGUUUAACUUAAGAUUGUGUGAAUUUUUUCAUGCCCUUAAAAGAACCAGUAUUUUGUUUACUGAAAUAAAAUACCUUUGUAAGAC